UUAUGUUCUGUUCUUUGUCUUCAUUCCACCCAAUUUCAUUACUUAUCCACCAUUCUUGGCUUCCUGUCUUCCUUGCACAUUGUGAUUCAAUUCCAAAUGGGUCGGUUUUCUUUUGGAUUUCUGAUAAUUUUCGCCUUUCUUAUGUUUUCCGAUGAGUUUAUUGAGAAUGGGAUUGCAAGUUCGGUAACUUACGAUAGCAAGGCAUUGGUCAUUGAUGGGCAGAGGAGGAUCUUGUUUUCGGGUUCAAUUCAUUAUCCUCGGACUACACCCGAAAUGUGGCCGGAAAUUAUUAGGAAGUCAAAGGAAGGAGGAUUGGAUGUGAUUGAGACUUAUGUUUUCUGGAACUAUCAUGAGCCUGAAAAAGGGCAGUACUACUUUGAAGGAAGAUUUGAUCUGGUGAAGUUUGUCAAGGUGGUUCAGGAGGCUGGACUUUAUGUGCAUUUGAGGAUCGGCCCUUAUGCUUGUGCAGAAUGGAAUUAUGGCGGUUUCCCGAUGUGGUUACACUUCAUUCCUGGAAUUCAAUUUCGGACAACCAACAGGCAGUUUCAGGAAGCGAUGGAGAGUUUUCUCACGAAAAUAGUAAAUCUUAUGAAGGAUGAAAACCUUUUCGCGUCACAAGGUGGCCCAAUCAUUCUUGCACAGAUUGAAAAUGAAUACGGAAAUGUUGAAUGGGCAUAUGGCAUUGGUGGAGCACUGUAUGUGAAAUGGGCUGCAUCUACUGCUGUUGCUCUUAAUACUAGUGUUCCCUGGGUGAUGUGCAGCCAAGAAGAUGCACCUGAUCCUAUUAUAAAUACUUGCAAUGGUUUCUACUGUGAUACAUUUACUCCAAAUUCACCUACCAAACCGAAGAUUUGGACCGAGGGCUAUACUGGGUGGUUUCUAUCAUUUGGCUAUGCAAUUCCUUACAGACCUGUCGAGGAUCUUGCAUUUUCUGUUGCACGAUUUUUUGAAACUGGUGGCACCUUCCAGAACUACUAUAUGUACUUUGGAGGAACAAAUUUUGGAAGAACUGCUGGAGGUCCUUUGAUUGCAACUAGUUAUGAUUAUGAUGCUCCUCUUGACGAAUAUGGUUUUCUUAGGCAACCAAAGUGGAAUCAUCUGAGGGACCUUCACAGUUCAAUAAAGCUUUGUGAAAAAUAUUUGGUGAACGCUGAUCCAACUUAUAUAUCUUUCGGAACAAAUUUAGAGGGGCACAUCUACAAUGAUUCUGCAGGUUGUGCGGCAUUUCUUGCUAACAUUGACCAUACCUCAGACGCAAAUGUCUCCUUUAACGGAGACACAUAUUUCCUUCCUGCUUGGUCUGUCAGCAUUCUUCCAGAUUGCAAGAAAGUCAUCUUUAACACAGCAAAGGUUGUUUCACAAAAGACCAUUGGUGAUUCUUCACAUGAGCAUAAAGUCAGCUCUCAAUUAUCUCUAGCAUCAACAUCGUGGGAAUGGUAUCUUGAAGAAGUUGGAACAUCAAAUAAUUACUCAUUUACUGCUCCAGGUCUACUAGAACAAAUUAACACCACAAAGGAUGCUAGUGAUUAUUUGUGGUACUCAACAAGUAUUAACGUAAAGGAGGAAAAGGAAGUAUAUGUACACAUAAAGAGUUUGGGGCAUGCAGCACUGCUCUUCGUGAACAAAGAACUUUCAGGGCUUGGAUAUGGAAAUCAUGAUGAUGCAAGCUUCACAAUUGAUCAAUUAAUCACACUGGACCAAGGAAACAAUUCAUUGGAAAUAUUAAGCAUGAUGAUUGGGCUACAGAACUAUGGACCUUGGUUCGAUAUUGUUCCAGCCGGAAUCUAUUCAGUCAUAGUUGAUGGAUUCAUGCAGUCUGUGCAUGAUAUAUCUAGUGGAGUUUGGACUUAUCAGGUAGGCACAGAUGGGGAACAUCUUGAACUUGAUAAACUUAAGCAAGAAAACAGUCCACUUUGGGCUUCAGGGAGCAAACUGCCAACAAAUCAGACUUUAAUAUGGUAUAAGACAUCAUUUACUGCACCUAAAGGAGCUGGUCCUCUAGCAUUGAACCUUGCUAGCAUGGGCAAGGGUCAAGCAUGGGUUAAUGGGCAGAGUAUAGGACGGUACUGGCCGGCUUAUCUCUCUCCAGCAACAGGCUGCACAGAGAGUUGUGACUACAGAGGAACAUAUGACUCGAAUAAAUGCCUCAAGGGUUGUGGCCAACCUGCUCAAACAUUGUAUCACAUUCCUCGCUCUUGGGUAAAUCCUGGCCAAAAUUUACUGGUUCUGCAUGAGGAAAUAGGCGGUGAUCCUUCUAAAAUCACGGUGGUGACUAAGACGGGACAAGAGAUAUGUGCACAAGUAUCUGAAUUGGAUCCCCCGCCUGUUGGCUCUUGGAAACCGAGUGCUGACACCAUGUCUAAACAUGUGACUCCUUCAAUCAGACUAUCUUGUGAGCAAGGAUGGCGUAUUAAUUCUGUCAGUUUUGCAAGCUUUGGCAAUCCAAAAGGACAGUGUGGAAAGUUCAGUCAUGGCACUUGCAAUGCAGAAGGUGUUAUUCCAAUAGUGCAAAAGGAAUGCCUUGGCCAUGAGAGCUGCUCAGUUGCAGUCUCAAGCCUCAAGUUUGGGGACCCUUGCCCAGGAUUAACAAAAAGUCUUGCAGUAGAAGCAGUCUGCAGUGAAUAGAGGAUGAAUUCCAUGUCUAUAAGCUAGUUGUACAGCUACUUAUUAGACUUUCCUAAGUAAACAAGCAUUUUCGCAUCUAUGGUACAGAGUUUGUUUGAUGAAGAUGUGGGAAAAAUUGCUUUGAAGUCAUGGAUAUUUGACCUUUUGAGUCAAGGCUCAAUCCACCUCAAGUUGACAGUUCUGGAUUGACCUAAUAGUCAUGAAUUUAGACAAUUACUUUAUGAAAAAAUUAUAUGUAAGCUUCUGAAUUGUCUCAAACAAUGGAAUUUACAUAAAACUGUGAACAUUGUCUUUGUUAUUACAACUUCCUCCAUCUCAAGAGAAGAUUGCAAAAACAUGUCCACAUUAUCCAUAUAACAUGUCUGGUCCAGAUUGAGUUAGCUCAUCAAGUCUAACAAAUAAG